CUUUUUCUCUCUUAUCCGUACGUCUUUAAGUUUUCCCAAGCUCCGCGUAAAAACAAAAGGGUGCAACACAAAACGAAGCAAAGCUAAUACGUCCGGAGAGUCUUGAUCAAUUCCGGAAACUCAGAAGCAACAAUUCUUAUGCCAAGUCGAUUUGCAGAAACCCUAGGGUUUAGUUGUUGUUCUUCUCUAUUGCUGAUUUUUUACACUACCGGGGUCGGAAGAAACGACUCCGGUGAGUGUUUCACGUGAUCGUGGCCGGUUUAGAAGAAAAGAUGCCUCACAGAACGACUUACUUCUUUCCGAGGCAAUUUCCGGAUCGCCGGUUCGAAUCGUUGCCUUCUUCUUCUUCUUCUUCUUCCUCCCCGAAACCGCUGGUGUCGGAAAACGGUCACCAGCAUCACCAGAAACAUCAGGGCAGCAUCAGCAGUAAUAAUGAAAACGACGUUGUCAGUGGUCUCAUUGAUCAGUACCACCACCAAAAGUCUAACUCUAACCACCUCAACAGCAACAGCAGCACCAAAUUCACAGCUGUAUCCGAUCAGUAUUUCACGGGCGGCCAAAAGACCACCACAACUACAACUAACACUAGCAGCGGCGGCAGCAGCACGCAAUCCACCAAGAAGCAACAGCUGGCGGCUAUCUCCGACUGGUUCGUCUCCGACAAGAAGCACAAACAGAGAUCCAAAGCUGGUCACGUGAGGAGCACGAGACCGUUGCUGUCGUCGUUCUCCUGCCACGUGCCCGACGAGGAUCGCGAGCUCCUGCUCCCGCCCGAGGCAGUUGUCGAUGUGUCAGCAGUUCCAAACACCACGUCCUUCAAGGUCGACCGGAGCGUUGACCGGAACUUUGACCGGCAGGUGUCGCUGCCGAGGCUGUCGAGCGGGAGCAGCUACGCUGGGAGCCUGUUCUCCGGGACAACGACGCUGGAUGGAAACUUCUCCGGCGACGUCAAGGACUCGACGACGGUGACGACGAGGCCGGGUGAAUUAGAGGAGGUGGAGGACGAGGUGGUGGGAGCGGAGGUUUGUAGGGAUGGCUUGGCGCAGAGGUGUAAAGAGAGUUACUAUUUGCAGCUUCGAUUGGCCAAGAGGCUUGGCUCUCAAGCCACUCUUGCUAGCGAGGUCUUGCUCUUGAACAACUCUGGCCUUGAGGUUACGGAUGUUGAGACGGUGUCGUAUCGCCUCUGGGUUAGUGGCUGCUUGUCUUACAAUGAAAAAAUAUCAGAUGGCUUCUACAGUAUUUUGGGAAUGAAUCCAUAUCUGUGGGUGAUGUGCAAUGAUGAGGAAGAAGGUACACGUCUACCGUCGUUGAUGUCACUUAGAGAUAUCAAACCGGGGGAUACAUCAAUGGAGGUGGUUCUUGUUGACAAAAAUGGGGACUCACGCCUGAAGGAACUUCAAGACAAGGCACAUGAACUGUAUUGUGCUUCAGAGAAUCCUUUAGUGUUGGUGGAGAAACUUGGGAAGCUAGUUGCCAUCUACAUGGGGGGUACUUAUCCUGUGGAACAAGGAGAUCUCCACAUGCGCUGGAAAGUGGUUAGCAGGAGAUUGAGAGAAUUCCAAAAGUGUAUUGUGCUCCCCGUGGGCAGCCUAUCAAUGGGUCUCUGCAGGCAUCGUGCUAUUCUCUUCAAGAAAUUGGCAGACUACAUAGGUUUACCUUGUCGGAUAGCUCGUGGUUGCAAGUAUUGCGUGGCAGAUCAUCAGUCCUCUUGUCUUGUUAAAAUUGAAGUCAAGCAAUUCAUGAGGGAAUAUGUGGUUGAUCUAGUUCGGGAACCAGGAAAUGUCCAUGACCCAGAUUCCUCAAUCAAUGGAUCACUGUCUUCAAUACCUUCACCAUUCCAAAUUUCUCAUCAGAAAGAAUUUCAACAUAUUUAUAGGGAUAGUGGAUUAUGUUCCCAACUUAUAAACUCAAAGCACACCCGUCCACCUCCUGAAGAUCCUCUCUAUCCAGGCUACGGAGCAGAAAGCCAGGUCUUGAAAGAAAACAGUUUUCUUCCAGUUGAUCAAAUAAGACUUGGAAUGGGAGCUUCUGUAAUGCCUUUGGACGUGAAAGAGAAUUCAGAGCAGGGCCUUCUCCAGACACCAAUGCCAUCUUGUGCACAUGGUAAUAUUUCUGAAGCUGUUGAUGUGGGAGCUGGUAUGGCAUCAUUGAAGGGAUCUGCUAGACUUGGUGAAGAAAAUCUUGUUAUACAGCAAGCUUACCGGAAAGAGAUUGUUGUGUCCAGAAGUCAAGUUAUAAGUAGCAGUGACAAGUCCAGUCAAUCAGAUAUGGAGGAGGUUGAUAGCAAGCUUGAGAUCCAAAGUCGAUUUUCUGCUGUCACUGUUCCUAGGUACUUGAAUCUCGAACCAUCUCUUGCCAUGGACUGGCUUGAGAUAGCAUGGGAUGAGUUAUAUAUCAAAGAGCGUGUUGGUGCUGGCUCAUUUGGGACAGUGCAUCGGGCAGAAUGGAAUGGAUCGGAUGUAGCUGUCAAGGUUUUAACUGUACAAGAUUUCCAUGAUGAUCAGUUGAGGGAAUUUUUACGUGAGGUUUCAAUUAUGAAACGUGUCCGCCAUCCCAAUGUAGUUCUGUUCAUGGGUGCAGUUACAAAGCGUCCGCAUCUCUCAAUUGUGACAGAGUACUUACCUAGGGGUAGUCUAUAUCGACUCAUACAUAGGCCAGCGUCUGGAGAACUUCUGAAUCAUAGGCGGCGGCUGCGCAUGGCAUUAGAUGUGGCCAAGGGGAUUAAUUACCUCCAUUGUCUUAGCCCUCCAAUUGUCCACUGGGACCUUAAAUCUCCAAAUUUGUUGGUAGAUAAAAAUUGGACAGCAAAGGUAUGUGAUUUUGGGUUGUCCAGAUUCAAAGCAAACACUUUCAUAUCAUCGAAGUCUGUUGCUGGAACACCUGAGUGGAUGGCUCCAGAGUUCCUUCGCGGAGAGCCAUCAAAUGAAAAGUCUGAUGUUUACAGCUUUGGAGUGAUACUUUGGGAACUUGUGUCCAUGCAACAACCUUGGAGUGGGCUUAGUCCUGCGCAGGUAGUUGGUGCUGUUGCUUUCCAAAACAGAAGGCUUACUAUCCCAGCAAAUACUCCCCCAAUGUUGGCUUCUCUUAUGGAGUCCUGCUGGGCUGAUGAGCCUGCGCAGCGCCCAACAUUCAAUAGUAUAGUGGAGUCGCUGAAGAAGUUGCUAAAAUCUCCUCUGCCGUGGCCACCGGUGAGUAAAACAUAGGGAAAACAGGUACCUCUGCCCCAGAG